AUGACCUAUCCUUCAGGAAAGGAGAUGCUUGCUGAUGAAGUUCUAAGAGAUCCUGGUGUCUAUCAAAGCCUUUUUGGGAAAUUACUAUACCUAACUAUGACCAGACCUGACAUCUCCUUUGUAGUACAGGUCUUAAGUCAAUUUAUGCAUUGUCCUAGAAUUUCCCAUAUGGAGGCAGCAUCAAGGGUAGUGAGGUAUAUAAAGCAAGCACCUGGUCUUGGACUGCUUAUGCUUGCAGAAAACAUAAAGAAUCUGACUACUUACUGUGAUUAUGAUUGGGGAGCUUGUGUGGAAACAAGAAGAUCAGUAACUGGCUAUCUGGUAAAGUUUGGAAAUGCCCUGGUAUCUUGGAAGUCCAAGAAGCAAAGCACUUUCUCUAGAAGCUCAGCUAAAGCAGAAUUCAGGAGUAUGGCCUCCUGUGCAGCAGAAGUUACUUGGUUGAUAGGGUUAUAUGCAGAACUGGGAAUCAAAGUUUGUUUGCCUGUGAAGUUAGUAUGUGAUAGCAAGGCAGCAAUUCAAAUUGCUGCAAAUCCAAUCUUUCAUGAGAGAACAAAGCAUAUUGACAUUGAUUGUCAUUUGUGA